CUAGAGAACAGAACAGCACAGAUUCCUCUUUCAAAUCUCAGUUUACUCAACCCCAAACCCAACCAUUUUCAAUCACAAAAUGAGAUGAUCAAUCGGUUUCGCAAUCAUAAUUCAUAACAAUGGACAAAGAAACCGACCUCCUCUCGCGCCUGGCCACGAACCACCUCCACCUCGCUCAGUUCGAGCCGUUUAGAGCCACCCUCCUUGCUCUUCGCACUCGAAACCCUGACCUAGCUCUCGCUAUUCUCCAAACAAUAGUCGCUAACUCCGGCAGGUUCGGUAAUGUUCUCUGGUCCGUUACUUGCCCCUCCCCAUCGCUCCUUACGUACUUAUCAACUCUCGAACUAUUACAAUUCAACGACUCAACUUCAUCGACCUGGAGUUUCGAUCCAGAAGCGCUGCGUUUGCGUUCGGAAUUCUUGCUGUUGGUACAGAUGCUAAUAGACUGCGUGUUGAAAAGAACUCGAAAGGAUAUUGACUUAGAUAGCUUCGAGAAAGAGAAGGAGAAAGAUUUUGAUGUUUUAAAUGAAAACGAUAGUUUUGACGAGAAAGUUAAGUUGUUUGCUAGAAACGAGGAUUUGGGAUAUGUGAAUAGUGAAUUUGGUGGCUGUGUUAGGGUUUUGGAUAGGUUUAUGGAGUUAGGUAUGAAGAGUUUAAAACCAGAUGUAAAUGUAAAUGUGAAUGAUGAUGUAAGUAGCAGUGGUGUAAAUGUGUUGAUUGAGGAAGACGAAUUUAUGUGUUUGAAGAAAGUAAUUUUGGAGUAUGCCGAUGUUUUUGACGCAUUGUGUUGGAAUAUAGAAAAGCAAUUGAGAGGGUGGGAGAGUUUAGAUUCGGAUUGUGCUAUAGUACGGAGAGAGGAUUUAUCGGAAGAGGAGGACAGAAGGAUUCUUGGUUUGAUACAGAAGAGUGCUCAGUUGGCUCAUUUGGAUGCAAUGAAGGAGUGUGUGAAGGAGGGAGAUGAGGAAGGGGCUGUAUCUCAUAUUCGUUUUCUUCACCUUGAUUAUGGUGUGGAGGAGGCUGAGUAUCGCAUGGUUUUGGAAGAUCUCCUCAAGAGGGUUCUUUCUAAAAGGGAGGAAUUUGGAGACACCCGGCAUGCUAUGAAAGAGAAAUUGUUACUGAUUUACAGAGAAGCUCUUUCAUCUAAUUGCAGGCAUCUUGUUCAAUUGAUACAGGUUAUUCAGGAUGAGUUGCUUUUUCAAGAAAUUGAGAUAUAUGAAGCGCACGAUAACAACCGAAUUCCACCCCCACUUGAGCGUUUUCAAAGAUAUAUUUUGGAAUUGAAACCUGAUAUAGAUUCAAAUGAUAAGUCUUCGUUGUUGAAUAUAGCAGUCAGUUUGUGCAUGAGAGACAUGUACCAUUAUGCUCGUGUUUCUGGAUUACAUGUGCUUGACUGCAUCAUGAAUACAGCCCUGUCUGCUGUCAGGAGGGAGCAGCUUCAAGAAGCUAAUAAUAUUCUUAUGUUGUUUCCUCGACUUCGGCCAUUGGUAGCGGCCAUGGGUUGGGAUCUAUUGUCUGGUAAAACAAUGGAACGUAGGAAAUUGUUGCAGCUGCUAUGGACAAGUAAGUCACAAAUGUAUCGCUUGGAAGAGUCUUCUCUUUAUGGAAAUGAAUCAGACGAGAUAUCUUGUGUGGAGCAUCUAUGUGAUUCACUAUGUUAUCAGCUUGAUCUUGCCUCUUUUGUGGCUCAUGUUAAUUCUGGUCAAUCGUGGAAUUCAAAAUUUUCAUUGUUGUUGUCUGGAAAAGAACAAACAACAUUUGGAAGUGAAGAUGCUCAAUUAGACCCUUUUGUUGAAAACUUUGUGUUGGAACGACUAUCUGCUCAAAGUCCCCUCCGGGUACUGUUUGAUGUUGUUCCAGACAUAAAGUUUCAGGAUGCUAUUGAAUUGAUUAGCCUGCAGCCAAUUGCUUCUGAUGUAGCAGCCUGGAAGAGGAUGCAAGAUAUUGAACUCAUGCACAUGCGUUAUACUCUGGAAUCAACUGUACUUGCUCUAGGGGCAAUGGAAAAAACCUCAAGUGGUGAAAGAGCAAGACAUCACCUAGUGGCUUUAUGCCAUUUGAAAGAUCUAAGGAACCAUUUGGAGGCUAUCACAAAUAUUCCACGCAAGAUAUUCAUGGUGAAUGUUAUAGUUUCGCUUUUACAUAUGGAUGAUAUCUCUCUCAAUUUGAUGCAUUGUGCCUCACCAGGGAGCAAUUCUGAACCACCCUCUGCAUGUGCCUGGGAACAUUCUGAUCUCAAUACAUGUGAAGGGGGAAACGAAAUGGUUAUAUCUUUCACAGGGUUGCUACUCGAUAUACUGCGUCGCAAUCUUCCAUCAACUGUAAUUGAACAAGAGCAUGCAUUAACUGAUGGCAUAAAUAUGGGUGGAAGGCAAGCAUUAGAAUGGAGAAUCUCAAUUUUGAAACGUUUCAUUGAAGAUUGGGAAUGGCGGCUAUCAAUGUUGCAGCGUCUUCUUCCAUUAUCGGAGCGCCAAUGGAGUUGGAAGGAGGCAUUGACUGUGCUACGAGCGGCCCCAUCCAAGCUACUAAAUCUUUGCAUGCAAAGAGCCAAGUAUGACAUUGGAGAAGAGGCUGUUCAUCGAUUUUCCUUAUCUGCAGAAGAUAGAGCUACUCUUGAAUUAGCUGAAUGGGUAGAUGGUGCCUUCAGAAGAGCAUCUGUAGAAGAUGCAGUGACACGUGCUGCUGAUGGAACUUCUACCGUACAAGAUCUUGACUUUUCAUCCUUACGCUCCCAAUUAGGUUCUUUGGCUGCAAUUCUUCUUUGUGUUGAUGUUGCUGCAACUUCUGCGAGGUCUGCAAAUAUGUCUGAGCAGCUUCUGGAUCAGGCUCAGCUGAUGCUAUCUGAGAUAUAUCCAGGAGCUUCUCCGAAAGUGGGAUCCACCUACUGGGAUCAAAUCCAUGAAGUGGCUAUUAUAUCUGUUUUACGGCGUGUUCUGAAGCGUCUGCAUGAAUUCUUGGAACAGGAUAAUCCUCCAGCACUCCAGGCCAUUCUGAUUGGGGAGAUCAUUAUUUCAUCAACUAAGGAGUCUCAUCGACAGGGACAGAGGGAACGUGCUCUUGCUAUGCUACAUCAGAUGAUUGAAGAUGCUCACAAGGGCAAGCGACAGUUUCUCAGUGGCAAGCUUCAUAAUCUAGCAAGAGCCAUUGCUGACGAAGAAACAGAGCCAAACUUCAGUAAAGGGGAUAGUUCAUACACUGACCCAAAAGUGUUGUUGAAUUUUGACAAGGAUGGGGUUCUUGGGCUUGGGCUAAAGGCUGUUAAACAGACCGCUUUAAGUUCAAAAAUUGGAGAUACUAGUGUUCAGUCUGUUGGUUAUGAUAUGAAGGAUAUGGGGAAGAGACUGUUUGGCCCAUUAAGUGCAAAGCCCAAGACGUAUCUAUCACAAUUUAUUCUCCAUAUUGCUGCAAUUGGAGACAUAGUUGAUGGGACGGAUACAACUCAUGAUUUCAACUUUUUCUCACUUGUGUAUGAAUGGCCCAAGGAUCUUUUAACUCGUUUAGUCUUUGAGCGAGGCAGCACUGAUGCAGCUGGAAAGGUUGCUGAAAUUAUGUCUGCUGAUUUUGUCCAUGAAGUGAUUUCAGCUUGUGUACCACCAGUUUAUCCUCCGAGGUCCGGCCACGGAUGGGCAUGCAUUCCAAUUGUUCCUACCUGCCAUGGUAGUUUCUCUGACAAGAAAGUACUUUCCCCCUCUUCUAAAGAAGCUAAGCCCACUUGUUACAGCCGUUCCUCAGCAACACCUGGAAUUCCUUUGUACCCUCUCCAGUUGGAUAUAGUAAAACAUUUGGUUAAAAUAUCACCUGUUAGGGCUGUCUUGGCCUGUGUUUUUGGUAGCAGUAUAUUGUAUGGUGGGAGUGACUCAACUAUAUCUAGCUCGUUGAAUGAUGAAGCACUGCAGGCACCUGAUGUUGAUCAUCAAUUUUAUGAGUUUGCUCUUGAUCAAUCUGAGAGGUUUCCAACUUUAAACCGGUGGAUACAGAUGCAAACCAAUCUCCAUCGAGUUUCAGAGUUUGCUGUAACAGCCAAGCAAAAGGCUGAUGAUGGCAAGGUUAAGCAUGAAGCAAGAGCCGCUAUUAAGAGGUUUCGUGAGAAUGACAGUGAUACUGAAUCAGAAGUUGAUGAAAUUGUUGGUAGCAAUAACGUUUCAGCAUCUUUAGCGGACCUCAGUGGUCAAGAUGGUGCAGCUCCAAACACUUGGCGUGAUUCAUUUAAAUCUGAAAAUGCAGAAGAUGAUACAAAAGUUUUCCUUUCUUUUGAUUGGGAGAAUGAAGACCCAUAUGAGAAGGCUGUGGAGCGAUUGAUUGAUGAAGGAAAACUCAUGGAUGCUCUUGCACUUUCGGAUCGCUUUUUACGCAAUGGGACCUCAGAUCGAUUGCUUCAGCUACUCAUUGAACGGGGAGAAGAAAACCAUACAAUCUCCGGACAACCUCAAAGUUAUGGAGGUCACAUUAUCUGGAGCAAUAGUUGGCAAUAUUGCUUGCGAUUGAAGGAUAAACAACUGGCGGCUAGACUUGCUCUCAAGUAUGUGCACAGAUGGGAACUUAAUGCCGCGUUGGAUGUUCUCACCAUGUGCAGCUGCCACAUCCCUCAAAAUGAUCCAAUUAGAAAUGAGGUGUUGCAAAUGAGACAAGCUUUGCAGCGAUACAGCCAUAUAUUAAGUGCAGAUGAUCAGUAUAGCAGCUGGCAAGAGGUUGAAGCACAGUGUAAGGAAGAUCCAGAGGGCUUGGCACUUCGGUUAGCUGAGAAAGGAGCAGUUUCUGCUGCUCUAGAAGUGGCUGAAAGUGCAGGAUUAUCCAUAGAUUUGCGCAGGGAACUGCAGGGUCGGCAACUUGUGAAACUUCUUACAGCAGAUCCUCUUAAUGGUGGAGGUCCUACAGAAGCUUCACGUUUCCUAUCUUCUCUACGUGACUCUAAUGAUGCUCUUCCAGUGGCUAUGGGUGCAAUGCAACUAUUACCCAACCUUCGAUCAAAGCAACUUCUUGUUCACUUCUUCCUGAAGCGAAGGGAUGGGAAUCUAUCGGAUGUUGAGGUUAUUCGACUGAACUCAUGGGCUUUAGGUCUUCGUGUUUUGGCUGCCUUGCCAUUGCCAUGGCAGCAAAGAUGUUCCUCUCUGCACGAGCACCCACAUUUGAUAUUAGAGGUUCUGCUGAUGAGGAAACAACUACAAUCUGCUUCUCUGAUUCUUAAAGAUUUUCCUUCGUUAAGGGACAACAGUGUAAUUAUAGCAUAUGCUUCUAAGGCUAUUGCUGUCAGUAUUACAUCUCCUGUGAGAGAACCACGAAUAUCUGUCUCAGGAACAAGGCCAAAGCAGAAAACAAGAACUGGUGCAAGGUCCUCUUUUACUAGCAGUCUAAGUAACUUGCAAAAGGAGGCUCGUCGAGCUUUUUCUUGGGCUCCACGUAAUACUGGAGAUAAGGCUACUCCAAAAGAUGUUUACCGGAAACGAAAAAGUUCUGGAUUGACACCAUCUGACAGAGUUGCUUGGGAGGCCAUGGCUGGCAUUCAAGAGGAUCGUGUUUCUUCAUACUCUGCUGAUGGGCAAGAACGUCUUCCUUCUGUUUCUAUUGCAGAGGAAUGGAUGCUAACAGGUGAUGCCUGUAAGGAUAGAGCUGUUCGUUCGGCUCAUCGAUAUGAAAGUGCACCUGAUAUUAUUCUCUUCAAGGCUCUCCUUUCUUUGUGUUCUGAUGAGUUAGUUUCUGCCAAAAGUGCACUGGACUUGUGUAUUAAUCAGAUGAAGAAUGUGUUGAGCUCCCAACAGUUGCCUGAGAAUGCAUCUAUGGAAACAAUUGGUCGAGCAUAUCAUGUCACAGAGACAUUUGUGCAGGGACUACUUUAUGCUAAAACCCUGCUGAGAAAGCUUGCGGGGGUUGGUGAAUUGUCCAGUAAUUCAGAAAGGGGUAGGGAUGCUGAUGAUGCAUCCUCUGAUGCCGGUAGCUCUAGUGUUGGUAGUCAGGCCACCGAUGAGUUAUCUGAAGUUUCAUCACAGGCAGAUAUUUGGCUCGGACGCGCUGAGCUGCUUCAAAGCCUUUUGGGAUCUGGAAUUGCUGCUUCUCUGGAUGAUAUUGCUGAUAAAGAGUCAUCUGCUCAUCUACGUGACCGAUUGAUUGUUGAUGAACGAUACAGCAUGGCUGUAUAUACUUGCAAGAAGUGUAAGAUUGAUGUUUUCCCGGUGUGGAAUGCAUGGGGUCAUGCUUUGAUUCGGAUGGAGCACUAUGCGCAAGCUCGUGUCAAGUUUAAGCAAGCUCUUCAAUUGUAUAAGGGUGAUCCUGCACCUGUAAUUCUGGAAAUCAUUAAUACAAUCGAAGGAGGUCCUCCCGUGGAUGUUUCAGCUGUUCGUUCCAUGUAUGAACAUUUGGCCAAAAGUGCACCAACAAUCUUGGAUGAUUCUCUUUCUGCUGAUUCAUAUCUCAAUGUUCUAUAUAUGCCAUCUACAUUUCCACGUUCAGAGAGAUCCAGGCGGUCUCAAGAAUCUGCAAAUAAUAAUUCUGCUUAUGGUCCUGACUUUGAAGAUGGUCCUCGCAGCAACCUCGACACCAUUAGAUAUGUUGAGUGUGUAAACUAUUUGCAAGAAGUUGAAGCCCAGUGUAAGGAAGAUCCAGAGGGCUUGGCACUUCGGUUAGCUGAGAAGAGCGUUUCUGCUGCUCUAGAAGUGGCUGAAAGUGCAGGAUUAUCCAUAGAUUUGCGCAGGGAACUGCAGGGUCGGCAACUUGGGAAACUUCUUACAGCAGAUCCUCUUAAUGGUGGAGGUCCUACAGAAGCUUCACGUUUCCUAUCUUCUCUACGUGACUCUAAUGAUGCUCUUCCGUGGCUAUGGGUGCAAUGCCACUAUUCCCCAACCUUCGAUCAAAGCAACUUCUUCGAAGAGAUGGGAAUCUAUCGGAUGUUGAGGUUUUCGCUGAACUCAUGGGCUUUAGGUCUUCGUGUUUUGGCUGCCUUGCCAUUGCCAUGGCAGCAAAGAUGUUCCUCUCUGCAAGCACCCACAUUUGAUAUUAGAGGUUCUGCUGAUGAGGAACAACUACAAUCUGCUUCUCUGAUUCUUAAAGAUUUUCCUUCGUUAAGGGACAACAGUAAUAUAGCAUAUGCUUCUAAGGCUAUUGCUGUCAGUAUUACAUCUCCUGUGAGAGAACCACGAAUAUCUGUCUCAGACAAGGCCAAAGCAGAAAACAAGAACUGGUGCAAGGUCCUCUUUUACUAG